AUGCAGUCUUCCUCCCAUCCCCCGGGGAUGCCACAACGGCCACCCUCCCCCUCCCCCAGCCAACUUCCCCCCAUCCCAGGCUCGCCAACCUACUCCUACGCCUCCACCGCCCAACCCUCCCUCUCCCAGUUCAACCUCCCCUUACCACCCCCUCCCCGACCAGCCCACGCAGUCCUCACCAAAGCCGACCUCGAAAGCUCCCAAACUGCCUACGCCGAUUUGCUCACAACCGCCAAAGCCUACCGCCUCGCCCUCGCUUCCCUGUCCACGGCCGCCAGCGCCUUCGGCUCCGCCCUCGAAGCAUGCGCCCGCCUCAAAGAAGCCCGCGCCGAACCGCUCGGUCCGAUCAAUCCAGGGUUGUUAUCAAACGGCAAUACAGUCGGCGGCUCGCUCUCCAGCUCUUUCCACGCCGGUGGCGGCCCCCAAGGCAGUAACAACGCCAACCCCCCACCGCUCAACCUCAACAGCAACGUCAUGAGCAAAAACGCCUGCACGGCUGACGCCCUCUUGACGGUGGCUGGUCUGCAGCACCUGGUCGCAAACCACAAGCACAUCCUCUCCGAGACGGUCUACCGCUCUUUUGAAGUGCCCCUGCUUCACGAGCUGGAUAAAUGGCGGGGCGCGGUCGAGGACGAGGAGGAGAGCUAUGCGUCUGCCGUGGCGGUUCAAAGCAAGGAAAUCAACCGCCUUGAGAAGGAGGGACUAAAACUCCACAGGCAGAAGAGGAGGGAUGUGAACAUGUUUCGGAACCACCUUGUCGAGCUGACCACCAAACUAGACGGGCUGACGUUCUUGCACGGGGAACACGCGAGGACGCUGCUGAGGGAAAGUCAGGAGACGAGUGCGAGGAUUGUGGAGGCGAGUUGCUCUCUUGUGCGGGCAGAGGUGGACAUCUUUGAGAGCUUGGCACGCAAAGGGUGGACGGGGGGUGGGCUGGAGGAGGUUUUGGAGAGGGGGGUGGAUUUGUUUGCUAACGAGGGAGAGGGGGGGAUGAUGGGGGAGCACGUCAUGGGGGGAUCGCCGGGGAAGGAGUUUGGGGGUGGAGGCGUGGGAGGUGGGGGGGAGAGUAAACUGUUCAGUAUACUACCUCCCAAGUCAAUACUGGCGAAUGAUAGCUCGGGAGAAGGGGGGACGGUGAGGGGGGUGAGGGGGGACAGCUUGCUGAUUUCUGCUGGAGGGGGUCUGGAAGGGCAGCAGGGGGAUAGGUAUCAGAGCUUGGCGGGUUUGGUGGGGUUGGAUUCGUUGAGGGGCAUGGACAAGGACGAGGAAGGAGGAAGUGUUUUUGCCGAGACGCAGCAAGGAGGGCAGCAGUUUAAUCGGAGCAGGGGGGUGAGACCUUUUAGUCCGCAGCCGCAGCAUGUGAGGAUGAAUCCGGACAGGUUGUUGGGGACGAGUGUGGAGGUGGAUCAUGACGGGGGGCUGGUGGGGAUGGAGAAGAAGGAUGACGACGAGGACAAGACGGAAACCGACGAUGAAGAGGCGCAUCCGUGGAGGAACGAGGGGUUGAGGAAGAGGAGGAGCUCGUCGAGUUUGGCGAGCGAGACGGGGAACUUGUUGUUGAGGGACAGGAGUUUGGUGAGUACGAGUUUGGGCGAACCCCAGGAGAGGGUUGGGGGCGGGGAGAGUAGUUGGAGUGUGGCCGACACAGAAAGGAAUUCGCCUUGA